AAUGAAAACUCUAUUUGUUGCUUACGCGUAAAUGCCACGUCACAAAAUCUUACGGUUAUGGAUGAUGAAAAAAUCUUAUAAAUAUUACAAUUAACCGAAACUCAUACUACUAAGCUACCAACACUUUUCUUCUACCGAAAGCACCAUUCACUACACCUACUAUUACUGUCAUCGUUACGCUGUGUCAAGAUAUUAUAGAUAUGGAAGACUCCAUUCAAAUCAAUAUUGAGGAUAAAACACCAAGUGAUGCAAAAGAAGAGAAGGUUGAGAUAGAAAAGGAUUUGGAGACAAAAUCAGUAGAGAAAGAGAAGACAGAAUGUAAGGAAGAGAAGAAACAUAAGGAUGAAGAAGAUAAAUCAAAGAAAAAGAAGAAAGAGAAGGAGGUGGAGGAGGAGGAAGAUGGAGAGGGAGAAAAGAAAAAGAAGGAUAAGGAGAAGAAAAAGAAGGACAAAACUGAUGGAGAGAAGGCAAAGGGGAAAGAAGAUGAUGAUAAGGAGGAUGGUGAAGAGAAGAAGGAAAAGGAGAUGAAGGGUAAGGAUAAGAAGGACAAGGAAAAGAAGAAAAAGAAAAAAGACGGCAACGAAGAUGGUGAUGAAAAGAAGGACAAGGAGAAGAAUAAAAAGGGAAAAGAUGAGAAAGAAGAUGGUGAUGAAAAUAAGGAGAAGGAGAAAAAGAAAAAGGAAAAGAAGGAGAAGGGAAAAGAAGAUGAAGGUAAGGAUGGUGAAGAAAAGAAGGACAAGAAAAAGGAAAAGAAGGACAAGAAAAAGGAAAAGGAGGACAAGAAUGAUGAUGAUGAUGGUGAUGGAAAUAAGAAAAAGAAGAACAAGGAUGAAGAGAAAGAGAAGGAUAAAGAUGUGGAGGUGGAUGUGAAAGAAGUACAUGUAAGGGAUAUUGAUAUAGAAGAAACUGUGAAGGAAUGCGGAAAGGAAGAUGACAAGAAAGAAGUUAAAGAGAAGAAGAAAAAAGAAGACAAGGAAGAUAAGAAGAAAAAACUUUCUGGAAAGGACAAGACCAAUGAUGUUGGCAAGCUGAAACAAAAGCUUGAAAAAAUGAAUGCAAAAAUAGAAGCACUCUUGGAAAAGAAGGCAGAUAUAGAGAGGCAGAUUAAAGAAGCUGAAGAUGGAGGACAUGGAGUCAUUGUGAAGGACAAGGAAGAUAUAUAAAGGGUCAUGUAAUGUGAUAAAAUACUAUCCUGCAUUAAUAGUUUAAGACUAUGCAUACUAUGUUUGCACUUGGUGAGAGGUUUUGUUUUGUGUAAUAAAGCUGUAUUUUCUGUUUGAGUAAAAAAUGAUGCAUCUGUGUAUAUCCUACUUAUACUUUUUCUCAUUGAUUCCAUUCUCAACUCAUUCUCUUCCUCGUUGAAGGGGGGUGUGCUCCUUUUAUAGUGUCUAACAUGUCAACUACCAUUCAAUGGAGGUAUUAUAUUAAUCCAAACCAA